AUGGACUCCCAAGCGCUGAGGGUGGCUUACGAAGAAAACUUUCAGGCGAGGACUUAUCUGGACAUGUAUGGUCGUUUGAACGAGGACGUGGAAACUUUUCAAGUGGAACAACUGCAUCUCAUUUUUCAUUCGGGUUUGGCUCAGGGCAAGACCCUGUUGGAAGUGGGCUGCGGCCCGAUGUUGUGGGGCUCGCUUUUGGCCUCUAGUCGGUUCAACCACAUCGUGCUGAGCGACUUGGUCCAAGCCAACAGGCUCGAAAUCAUCAAGUGGCUCAACAACAAUGAAGAUGCAUUUGACUGGACCAUCGGUGCCGAAAAAAUUGCCGCCUUGGAGGGCUAUGACGACAUCAAGAGAGGAGCCUUAGAGAUUCUGAAGCGCGCACGUUCCUCCGUCCGCAAGGUGGUUCCCUGCGACGUCCUGGAGCCCGGAGUUCUUCCCAAGGAACACAGGGAAACCUUCGAUGUCGUUCUCUCCUGCAACUGUCUGGAAGCGGCCGCGGAAAACCACGAAUCUUUUCGAAGGGCGGUUCGCAACGUAGGAACGCUGGUGAAGCCUGGCGGCCUGCUCGUUUUGGGGGGCAUAGGUGGUUCCAAGGGCUAUUCCGUGGGAACCGCUGCAUUUCCCCAUGCAAAUGUCACUGACAAUGUGGUCAAACAAGCCGUGACAGAUGCCGGCUUUCAGGUGAAAGUGCUAAGUGCCAAAAAUGUUGAGGUUGAUACCGAAAGACCAGAGGCCUUCCCGUUUGUCCUGGCGGCCCGUAAACCCUGAGUUAGAUUUCGAAGCUGUGGCUCCCUUGGUACGAGACACUUCAUUUUCCUAUCCUCCCCUCUAACUCCCAACAUCCGUACCCGGGCAGGUUUUAUACUAUCUCUCUUCAAUGCAAAAAACUGUCAAAGCAGACCAACCUUUAUCUGUACACCAUUUGACUUCAAGUCCGGAUGCAGCCGGCGCAUUGACUGACUGAAUUCACCAGCCAACUUUAAAAGUGCAGCAACAUGAUAUUCGUCGUGCUUCCGUACGUGUGCUAUUAUCGCUAAACCAAUCACGUACAGAGAAGGCCCAGUGACUUGCGCUUUUCACACUGCUUAAUUGAUUCUAUCAGCUCGUAGCGUCACAUACGUCCGGACUUUAGGUGAAACAAAGUUCCUGUUUGCAGUAAUAUUCGACAACUCUGAAAGAUGUCUACCUGCUCCAAGCCUAAGGACUACGAAACUCCGUUACAUGUUGUCACGAUUUUGGUUUUCAACUCGCACGUUGGAAUUUAGAUUUCAUUGUAGUUUUUUUUUUACUCUAAAUGUUCGU